CUCUGGCUACCUACCUAUCCUACCUAGGCUUCAGUCACUUGCAACCACGUUUGCUUUUCUGAUUCAGCAGACAUACUAAACUAGGUGUUCACCGUUCAAUUGUUCAGACGAUGGCAUGUUUGUCCUGAAGCUGGCAUUGUGCCGACCGCCCUCGCUGUUGCACUUUUGAACAACGAAUCCAAAGCAGCAGCCUCUCCGCAACCUGCCAUCUCACUAUGCAAAUCCGCUUCCCUUUCGCAAUCGCCUUCAUAAUCCUCCUUCUCUUCGCAUCCUCCCUAGGCCUCCUCCCUCAUUCAUCUCUGCCUUCCACCCCGGCCGCAGCACAACCGUAUAUUCCUCCACAGUCCGACAAAGCCGUACAUUUCCUAUGCUUCUUCGCCCUCACAGCGACGUUCUACUUCAUUCUUGACACCAGUCGCCGGCGUGUAAUACAUCUGACCCUGAUAGUUUGCACUCUGGUACUUGGAGUUGGAAGCGAAGUAGCCCAGGGUCUGCUACCGAACGAUCGCGAAUUCGAUGCGUGGGAUGUUCUUGCCAACGUGCUAGGGAGUCUGGCGGCUCUGGGGCUUUGCAAUGCAUACCAUCGACGUGCAGCUGAGAGACGCCGUAGGGCCAAGUAUUCAGCGUUGGCUGGAGACGGUCCCGAAGACGAAGACUUGGAGCUUGGGGAAAGAGCUGGUGAUGACCUAGGUCGACCGGCAGACGAUGGCCAGGAGACAGGCAUUGUGCCGCGCAGCAUCGAAGAAGAGCUAGAUAAUUGGGACGAGAAUGCUCCUGAUGAAGCUUGGGACGAGGACGACGAUGUGACGACAAGCCAGAAUACCAAAGCGACCCCUUCAACAAGCUCCGUGGCAAGCGAAGAACCACCAAAGAAGGUAGCAGUUGAUUGAACGAUAUCCGUGACCGAUGGAAGAAGCUAUGAAUGGGUACCAAGCAUACCCGGAAAUAUCCAAGCAUGUACGACUAUUACAGAUUCUAGUGACAAUGAAGCGAACCGCUUAAUCUUUGCACCAUCAUCACCACCUUUACUUUCCCUAGAGGCUGUGUUUGUUAAUGCAGAGAAACCAUUUC